UAGGGUUGGGUGAGCCGCCGGUUUUAACCUCACUCUCAUUUCGAAAUCGAAAUUCGAAGUGACAGGUUUGUGAUCCACAAAAUUUCAGGGCCACGGUGCCCUUUUUAUUUUAUGGAUCCACAAUGACGGUGUUUUCCAAACGCCCUGUCAAAUUUCAAGUAUUGAAUUACAGCCCCACAUUUGACGCCAGAAGCAUAAACGAGAAUGAAGUCGAAACGAAAAAUCUUUUUAUACAUGACGGUUGUUUUUAUGUUUGUAUUUUACGUUCUCAUGUCUUUACAAAUGCCAAACACGGAAGGUGAGCCAAAUUCGGGACAUAAUAUAGUUAUUGUGGAAGGCUGGGACUUCAACACGACGAGGGACACAACCCACUAUGUCUUAAACACGAACCUGAGCGCACAUAUUUGGCCGGAGCACUUCUGUGAUCUCAAUUCUUUUUUACUUGUAAUGGUUUGCUCUGGGCCCGCAAAUUUCGAAGCACGAAGUGCUAUUCGAGACACCUGGGGUCACGAGCGCAUUAUUUUAGGGAAUAACGUGUCCUUAUUUUUCCUGCUUGGAGAGACUACGAACAGUUCGUUGCAGUAUGACAUUAUGCUGGAAAGUGAUAGGUUUGGGGACAUUAUUCAAGAACGCUUUAUAGACUCUUAUAAUAACUUGACGUUAAAAUCUGUGUUUAUGUUGAAAUUAGUCAGCAGCUACUGUGCCAACUCAACUAAAUAUUUACUGAAAAUUGACGACGAUAUGUUCGUCAAUAUGAUUCCAGUCGUCCGAAUGUUGAGGGAUAGAAACAGCACCACGGACUUGCUUAUGGGAAAACUCAUCUGUAGGGCCAGACCCAUCAAAGAUACGACGAGCAAAUGGUAUUCGCCUCGAUACAUGUACCCGCACCAUGUGUACCCCAAUUACGUAUCCGGGACCGGCUACGUAAUGUCGGUGGACGUGGCCGAAAAACUGUACAAAGCAGCACUGAAAACACCAAUUUUCCACUUGGAGGACGUGUACACGACCGGCCUGUGCGCCAAAAGGGCCGGUGUAAGGCCGAAAAACAAUCCGCUCUUUACAUAUCAGUCAAUGAAUUACGACGUGUGUCUCUACAUGAGGCUCUACACAGCCCACCGUUUCACCCCCUCUGACAUACGUAAGACGUACACUCUCUUGAAAGAUAGUAACGUAACGCGAGAAUGCACCUACCACAGAGGUCGAUCUAAUUUAAGUGUCAACUGGCUUAUGAACAAUAUACUUAAAGUAAAUAAACCUAACAAAAAUAAAUGUGAAAAAAGAAUACUGCUUUUGGUCGUCGCUCUGAUAUUCAUUGCUUCGCUCUGUGUUAACAGCAAACAACCGCCGCUCCCAGUCCCAACAGAGGUGGAGGGUUGGGCCCGAAAUGUUUCGCGGAAUGUCAGGGACUACAUCAGCGAAGCGGCGCAAGCACACAUUAUGCCAAAAAAUUUCUGUGAGGAAAAGGGGCUCCUCCUAGUGUUCAUCCACUCGAAGUUCGAUAAGUUCGAUGCCCGGAGGGCCAUACGGGAGACGUGGGGCCAAAAACGUGACAAUGUAACGUUUUAUUUUUUGCUUGGGGAAGACAAAAAUAGACACCAUGAAGUACAACUCAAGUUGAGAGACGAGAGCCAGAGAUUUAAUGAUAUAGUUCAGGAGCGCUUCGUAGAUUCCUACAAUAACUUAACUCUAAAGUCUAUAACCAUGUUGAAGUUGUUUCACCUGCAUUGUUCAGAUUCUUACAAAUAUUUAUUGAAAAUCGACGACGAUGUGUAUUUGAACAUCGCCAGCGCACUCAAAGAACUCACGAACCGCAGUAUUACCACGAACGUGUUGCUGGGCCACGUUUACAACGCCACGAAUGCGAUUCGGAACCCAGCCAGCAAAUGGUUUGUGCCUUAUGAACUGUACCCGGACGAGAAAUACCCGCCGUAUUUGUGCGGGGCGGCGUACAUUAUGUCGGCCGAUGUCGCAGUGAAGUUGUACCAUGUGGCUUUGGAAACGCCGAUUUUCUACAUCGAGGAUGUUUACAUAACGGGAAUGUGUGCGAAGAAAGCCAAUGUGACAUUGGAAAACAGUGGCGGUUUUAAUUGCUAUUACGCGAAAAAAUACGUAUGCCUUUAUAAACAAUACUUCGUUUAUCAUUAUUUCGAACCUAGGGACAUUAAAAAGGCGCAUGAGCUCGUGGCUGGCAAGAAGUGCCCUUUGACCGGAUCGUGGCAAGAAUGGUUCUACUCUCUUUUAUAUUGAACCAAGAUGAUCUGAGAAGGUACUUAAAUAUGUGAUUUAGAGUAUUUUUUUAAUCUUUUUGUUUAUUCGUUUCAAGAAUAAAAGAUUUUUGCGUA